AUGGUAGCUACGCCCCUGUUAGCCAAGAAGAAGAUUCUGGUGAAGCAGAGCUGGUCUAUAGCAACGUGCCUCAGCACCUCACGUCACGGUGUCGCCUACUGCAGCAUCACCACCUUGCGUCACGGUAUCAACUACUGCAGCAUCACCACCUCACGUCACGGUGUCAACUACUGCAGCAUCAACACCUCACGUCACGGUAUCAACUACUGCAGCAUCACCACCUCACGCCACGGUGUCAACUACUGCAGCAUCACCACCUCACGUCACGGUGUCGCCUACUGCAGCAUCAACAACUCACGUCAAGGUAUCAACUACUGCAGCAUCACCACCUCACGUCUAGGUAUCAACUACUGCAGCAUCAACAUUUCGCGUCACGGUAUCAACUACUGCAGCAUCACCACCUCACGUCACGGUGUCGCCUACUGCAGCAUCAACACCUCACGUCACGGUAUCAACUACUGCAGCAUCACCACCUCACGCCACGGUGUCAACUACUGCAGCAUCACCACCUCACGUCACGGUGUCGCCUACUGCAGUAUCAACAACUCACGUCACGGUAUCAACUACUGCAGCAUCACCACCUCACGUCACGGUGUCAACUACUGCAGCAUCACCACCUCACGUCACGGUAUCAACUACUGCAGCAUCACCACCUCACGUCACGGUAUCAACUACUGCAGCAUCACCACCUCGCGUCACGGUAUCAACUACUGCAGCAUCACCACCUCACGUCACGGUGUCAACUACUGCAGCAUCACCACCUCACGUCACGGUGUUGCCUUCUGCAGCAUCAACACCUCACGUCACGGUAUCAACUACUGCAGCAUCACCACCUCACGUCACGGUGUCAACUACUGCAGCAUCACCACCUCACGUCACGGUAUCGCCUACUGCAGCAUCACCACCUCGCGUCACGGUGUCGCCUACUGCAGCAUCAACAUCUCGCGUCACGGUAUCAACUACUGCAGCAUCACCACCUCACGUCACGGUGUUGCCUACUGCAGCAUCAACACCUCACGUCACGGUAUCAACUACUGCAGCAUCACCACCUCACGCCACGGUAUCAACUACUGCAGCAUCACCACCUCACGUCACGGUGUCGCCUACUGCAGGAUCAACAUCUCACGUCACGGUAUCAACUACUGCAGCAUCACCACCUCACGUCACGGUAUCAACUACUGCAGCAUCACCACCUCACGUCACGGUAUCAACUACUGCAGCAUCACCACCUCACGUCACGGUAUCAACUACUGCAGCAUCACCACCUCGCGUCACGGUAUCAACUACUGCAGCAUCACCACCUCACGUCACGGUGUCAACAACUGCAGCAUCACCACCUCACGUCACGGUGUCACGCCUUCUGCAGCAUCAACACCUCACGUCACGGUAUCAACUACUGCAGCAUCACCACCUCACGUCACGGUGUCAACUACUGCAGCAUCACCACCUCACGUCACGGUAUCGCCUACUGCAGCAUCACCACCUCGCGUCACGGUGUCGCCUACUGCAGCAUCAACACCUCACGUCACGGUGUCGCCUACUGCAGCAUCACCACCUCGCGUCACGGUAUCAACUACUGCAGCAUCACCACCUCGCGUCACGGUAUCAACUACUGCAGCAUCACCACCUCGCGUCACGGUGUCGCCUACUGCAGCAUCACCACCUCACGUCACGGUAUCAACUACUGCAGCAUCACCACCUCGCGUCACGAUGUCGCCUACUGCAGCAUCAACACCUCGCGUCACGGUGUCGCCUACUGCAGCAUCAACACCUCACGUCACGGUAUCAACUACUGCAGCAUCACCACCUCGCGUCACGAUAUCAACUACUGCAGCAUCAACACCUCACGUCACGGUGUCGCCUACUGCAGCAUCAACAUCUCACGUCACGGUAUCAACUACUGCAGCAUCUCCACCUCGCGUCACGGUAUCAACUACUGCAGCAUCAACACCUCGCGUCACCGUGUCGCCUACUGCAGCAUCAGCACCUAUAGCGUCACGGUGUCGCCUACUGCAGCAUCAACACCUCGCGUCACGGUGUCGCCUACUGCAGCAUCACCACCUCGCGUCACGGUGUCGACUACUGCAGCAUCAGCACCUCGCGUCACGGUGUCGCCUACUGCAGCAUCAACACCUCGCGUCACGGUGUCGCCUACCGCAGCAUCACUACCUCGUGUCACGGUUUCACUUACUUCAGUAA